UUGUUUUUGUUGCGAGCGGUUGGAACGACGGGCGCUGCGCUUCGUAAAUUUUGUGUACGUUAAUUUCUGUAAACGCCGUUCGUUGUAUAUGUGUGUGUAGUAGUUACUUGUAUGCUGGCGAGUUGUGUUUUUUUUGCGCUUACGUACAGUUAAUAUUCAUAUUUGUUGUAAGCGCACACACAGCACUGCAAGGCACAAUUUAAAUUUGUGCUGCAAAAUGUGCGCAAAACGUGUGCGAUAAAAGUGUGCGAUUAAAAAAAGAAACAACAACAAAACGCAAAAAUAAAAGUAAAGCAACACACAAAAAAUAAAAGCGAAAAAAGUGCAGGGCCAGCGCCAGCAACAAAAAAACUGCGCGUGCCUGUCUCUGGCUCUGUAUUAGUGUAUUUGUCACUGUGUGAGUGAGUGAACGUGUAAGUGUGCGUGUGCGUGUGCGUUUGCAACAGAUGCUGCAAACGUUACGCUCCUCUAUGUGUGUGUUGUUGUUGUGCAAAGACAACAACAGCAACAACAUCAUCGACAACGACAACAACGCUUAAACACCGACUACAACUCAACUCGUAAAUACGUCAUCAACUGAGCAACAACAACGUAACAACAACAACCAGCAGCCAUGUUCAAGUGCAUUCCAAUUUUCAAAGGCUGCAACAGGCAGGUGGAAUUUGUGGACAAACGCCACUGUUCGCUGCCCCAAGUGCCCGAGGAAAUAUUGCGCUACUCGCGUACCCUUGAGGAACUUUUUCUGGAUGCGAAUCACAUACGCGAUUUGCCAAAGAAUUUCUUCAGAUUGCAUCGCCUGAGAAAACUGGGCUUGAGUGACAAUGAAAUUGGUCGCCUGCCGCCGGACAUACAAAACUUUGAAAAUCUUGUCGAACUCGAUGUUUCACGAAACGAUAUUCCCGACAUUCCCGAUGACAUUAAGCAUCUGCAGAGCCUGCAGGUGGCCGAUUUCAGCUCGAAUCCGAUACCAAAACUGCCAUCUGGAUUCUCACAGCUGAAAAAUCUAACCGUGCUGGGCCUCAAUGAUAUGUCUCUCACAACAUUGCCCGCCGAUUUUGGCAGUUUGACGCAGCUCGAAUCGCUGGAGCUCCGUGAAAAUCUGCUUAAGCAUUUACCCGAAACGAUAAGUCAGCUGACGAAGCUGAAACGCCUCGAUCUGGGCGACAACGAAAUCGAGGAUUUGCCACCAUAUCUGGGCUAUUUGCCGGGUUUGCAUGAACUCUGGCUGGAUCACAAUCAGCUGCAGCGUUUGCCACCAGAGCUGGGAUUGCUCACAAAGCUGACGUAUCUGGACGUGUCGGAGAAUCGGCUGGAGGAGCUGCCCAACGAGAUUGGCGGACUGGUUAGCCUCACCGAUCUGGAUCUGGCACAGAAUCUGCUCGAGACACUGCCCGAUGGCAUUGCCAAGCUGAGUCGCCUGACCAUCUUGAAGCUGGACCAGAAUCGCCUACAGCGUUUGAACGAUACGCUUGGCAACUGCGAUAACAUGCAAGAGCUCAUCUUGACGGAGAACUUUCUGUCCGAGUUGCCAGCGUCGAUUGGUCGCAUGAGCAAGUUGAGCAACCUGAAUGUCGAUCGCAAUGCAUUGGAGUAUCUGCCGCUGGAGAUUGGCGAAUGCGGCAAUCUGGGUGUGUUGAGUCUGCGCGAUAACAAGCUCAAGAAACUGCCGCCCGAGCUGGGCAACUGCAGCGUGUUGCAUGUGCUCGAUGUGAGUGGCAAUCAAUUGCUGUAUUUGCCCUACUCGUUGGUCAAUUUGCAACUGAAGGCCGUUUGGCUGUCGGAGAAUCAAUCGCAGCCACUUCUCACGUUCCAACCUGACACGGAUGCCGAAACCGGUGAACAAGUGCUCUCGUGUUAUCUGUUGCCCCAACAGGAAUAUCAACCGAUUACACCGGACUAUCCACCCCAGGCGCUUUAUAGAUCAAGCGAAAAAUUCGAUUCGAUGGAUUUCUUCAGUUAUCAACAGAAAGCACGCGAUCUGGAAUCCGAUUCGGAGCCAUACGAGGAACGCGAACCGUCGCGCACCGUUGUCAAGUUCUCCGAGGAGGUGUCCCAGGAGAAGGAUACGCCAUUUGUGCGUCAGAAUACGCCGCAUCCGAAGGAUCUGAAGGCCAAGGCCCAGAAGCUGAAAGUGGAGCGCAGUCGGCAUGAGGAGAACACCAAUUUGAUGUCACUGCCAGAGGAGAACGGCACGAAGCCAGUUGUGACAGAAACCCCCACCGAGACACGAACCCAAGCAAAUAAUCACCAACAAGUAGCCGUGACAACCACCAAUAACACCAGUGCCGCUCAGCAGGUACAGAAACCAUCAGCUGUGGUGAAUUCUUCCAAACCGGUUGCGGUUGGCAUUGUUUCACCAACACCAACACCCACCACUGUAGCACAGCCACAAUCCACACAGGGUGAUUCGACAACUGCUGCUGCAGCUGAGGAAGAUGCCGACGAGCAGGAAGAUGAAUAUGAAACUGAUCGUCGUGUUGGCUUUCAGGUGGAGGGUGAAGACGAUGACUUUAAGAACCGACCACCCAAAUUGCACAGACGCGAUACACCGCAUCAUUUGAAGAACAAACGUGUUCAGCCGUUGACCGACAAACAGGCCAGCGAAAUAUUGGCCAAUGCUUUGGCCUCACAGGAGCGCAACAACGAGCAAACGCCUCAGCACUCGGUGCAGUCACCCAUUGAGGAGGAGAAUACCGAUGCUGAGCAGCUGGAACAGGAACAGGAGCAGCAGCAGCAACAACAACAUCCAUUCGAUGCAUCGCUCUCCCCAAUACCAGCGCCCACUUCAGCCGAAGCCGUCUCAGAUAACAUUGAUGGCGUCACAGAACUGCGUCUGGAGCAGUACGAAAUACACAUUGAACGCACCUCCGCGGGGCUUGGACUGAGCAUCGCUGGCGGCAAAGGUUCGACGCCGUUUAAGGGCGAUGACGAUGGCAUUUUCAUAUCACGCGUUACCGAGGCGGGGCCAGCGGACUUGGCUGGCUUGAAAGUGGGCGACAAGGUGCUCAAGGUGAACGGCAUUGUUGUGGUCGAUGCGGAUCACUAUCAGGCAGUGCAAGUUCUGAAGGCUUGCGGUGCCGUGUUGGUGUUGGUGGUGCAACGCGAGGUCACGCGGCUCAUUGGGCAUCCGGUGUUCAGUGAGGAUGGCAGCAUUUCGCAGAUCUCGGUGGAGACGCGUCCACUCGUUGCCGAGUUGCCGCCAGCUGCGCCACAAGAGCGCUACAUUCCGCCACCAAUACAAAUCAUACCCGAACAGCAGCAGCAACUGUUGCAACAACAGCAGCAGCAACAGUAUCAGCAACCACAGCAGCCAAUACAACAGAUUGCGCCAGUUUCGAAUGGAAUGCUGCUGCAAAAUGGCAAGGACACGACGGCGCCGCUGAGCUUUAUUCAAUUGCACACGACGCUGAUACGGGAUCAAAUUGGCCAGGGAUUGGGCUUCAGCAUUGCCGGCGGCAAGGGCUCGCCGCCCUUUAAGGAUGACUGCGAUGGCAUUUUCAUAUCGCGCAUCACCGAGGGCGGACUCGCCCAUCGCGAUGGCAAAAUCAUGGUCGGCGACCGUGUCAUGGCGAUUAACGGCAAUGACAUGACGGAGGCGCAUCACGACGCCGCUGUUGCCUGCCUCACUGAGCCGCAGCGAUUUGUGCGUCUCGUGCUGCAGCGCGAAUAUCGCGGCCCCCUCGAACCGCCCACAAGUCCGCGCAGUCCCGCCGUGCUCAACUCGUUGAGUCCCUCCGGAUAUCUGGCGAAUCGACCAGCCAACUUUAAGCGCUCUGUGGGCGAUGUGAAUGCCGCAGAGCAGCCUUACAAGUACAACACAUUGGCCACCACGCCCACAGCAACGGCAACUGGUGUUGCCUACACAAACAACAACAAUAAUAACACGCUGCCUAACAACAAGACAAACGGAUUUGUCACAGCUCCAGCUCCAACUGCUGCUGUUGCUACUGCCCAGGUGGCUGCUGCUACGAUUCCUGCCGCAGUUGCUGCGUCACAUAUUGACAAAUCCACAGGUCAGCCAGUGCCAGCGCCGCGUCGCACCAACUCUGUGCCCUUGGGCGAUGGCGAUGGGCCACUGAAUGGUGCGGCAUCCACAAGCAGCGGCGACUCGGGCGAGGCUCAGUCCUCAUCACUGCGGCCACUGACCAGCGAUGAUUUUCAGGCGAUGAUACCGGCACACUUUCUCAGCGGCGGCAGUCAGCAUCAGGUGCAUGUGGCACGGCCCAAUGAGGUGGGCGUGAGUGCCGUGACGGUUAAUGUGAAUAAACCGCAGCCCGAUUUGCCAAUGUUUCCAGCUGCGCCCACCGAAUUGGGGCGUGUCACCGAGACCAUCACGAAGUCCACGUUCACGGAAACCGUAAUGACCCGCAUCACCGACAAUCAGCUGGCGGAGCCAUUGAUCAGUGAGGAAGUGGUACUGCCCAAGAAUCAAGGCUCUCUCGGCUUCAGCAUCAUCGGAGGCACGGAUCAUUCCUGUGUGCCAUUUGGUACUCGCGAACCGGGCAUUUUCAUUUCACACAUUGUGCCGGGUGGCAUUGCCUCAAAAUGUGGCAAGCUGCGCAUGGGCGAUCGCAUACUGAAAGUGAAUGAAGCUGAUGUUUCAAAGGCCACACAUCAGGAUGCUGUCCUCGAACUGCUGAAGCCUGGCGAUGAGAUCAAGCUCACCAUACAACACGAUCCCCUGCCUCCUGGUUUUCAGCACAUAGAAGUAGUUUAUGUAGCAACCGAGGAAAUUCUGCUGGCCAAGGCAGAGGGCGAGCGCUUGGGCAUGCACAUCAAGGGCGGCCUGAAUGGACAGCGCGGUAAUCCAGUGGAUCCAUCUGAUGAGGGCGUUUUUGUGUCCAAAAUUAACUCUGUCGGAGCGGCGCGACGCGAUGGAAGGCUUAAGGUGGGCAUGCGUCUGCUGGAGGUCAACGGACAUUCGCUGUUGGGCGCCUCGCAUCAAGAUGCGGUCAACGUACUGCGCAAUGCUGGCAAUGAGAUUCAAUUGGUCGUGUGCAAGGGCUACGACAAAUCCAGUUUAAUGCAUUCCAUUGGCCAGGCUGGCGGCAUGAGCACCGGCUUUAAUUCGUCUGCAUCCUGCAGCGGCGGCAGUCGUCAAGGCUCACGUGCUUCGGAGACAGGCUCUGAACUGAGUCACAGCCAAAGUGUCUCCAGUCUGGAUCACGAUGAGGAGGAACGCCUACGACAGGACUUUGAUGUGUUCGCCACGCAACAACAGCCUGUCGAUACAACAACAGUUGGCACUCCGGAGCCAACGAGCCAAACAGGCUUGGCAGCAGCGGCUGCUCUGGUGCAUGGCUCCCCAUCACCCGUACCACCCACGACACCGACACCGCCCGUUGCGUCCGCUGAUUUAGCACAGCCAGACACUGUUGCCGCACAGACCGUGGCGCUCAUUCACGCCGAACAGGCGCCGCAACAUCAACAACAGCAGCAGCAACAGCAGACGCAACUGGCAACAAUUGGACAGGAGAAGAGCACACAGGAGAAGGUGCUGGAAAUUGUACGCGCCGCGGAUGCUUUCACCACAGUGCCACCGAAAUCACCAUCAGAGCAUCAUGAACAGGACAAGAUACAAAAGACAACGACGGUUGUUAUAUCGAAGCACACGCUCGAUACGAAUCCUACCACACCCACAACGCCAGCUCCUUUGCCGAUAGGUGCGGCGCCUCCAGAGUCAGCGACCGCUGCACAGACUCAGACACAACAACAACCACAGCAGCAGCAGCAACAACAACAGCAGCAGCAACAUCAGCAGCAGCGCGGCACUCAGACGCCCGAACGAGUUGCGCCUGGAGCUCGCUACUCUUAUCAGCAGAUGCUGGAGAAUCAGGAGGAGGAGAAACAGAAACCCAAAGAGGUUGCUACUACGCCCAAGAAGGCUGAACCAGUGUACAUCAUUGAUGACGAUGACGAGGAGGGCGAUGAAAUCGAUGCCAUUAUCGAAGAGGAUGAGGAAGAGAUUGACUCUUCGCCGCCAGCCGAUUUGCAAUCGCCUCCCUCAUAUGCGGAGUCCGAUUCCGAUUGCUUUGAUCGCUCACGUGCUCGCUAUACCAGCGACUCGGAGAGCGAUUGCCGUCCCUAUAAACCGUCCCGUUCUGGACGCAGCACGCCCGAAUAUGCGGGCGGACAUCGCAAGUCCGUGAGCUUCGAUCUCAGCGGCGAUGAGCGCUCCAAGUCCGACUACGAACGCUCGCGGUCACGCACCCCAGAUCGCUUCACACGUGCCUACGACUCGGAGCAGGACACACGCACCACUUCCAGCAGCCGCAUGCCACGCAAGGGAAUUCUGCGAGCCACCAGCCCGAGUUCCUCGACCAGUUCAACGCUGGAGCGACGUCCCGAGAAGCUGGCACCCAUUGUGCCCGCUGUGGCGCGCAUACGCGAGGUGGAGUCACCGCAACUGCAGCGUGUCUCACGUGCCACCUCGCCGGACAGACCUGGCGAACUGGAACGUGAGAAUCCUUUCCGCGGGGGAGCGAAAGGCAACGAGGAGGACGAUGAGUAUACACAGAUAGCCAAGGCCAUCAAUAGGUCACCACGUUCGCCGCGCGACCAAUUCUUCUUCAGCGCCUCACGCUCCAAUGAAGAUUUACUAGAGUCACAGUCACAUUCCAGUGGCCGCAGCACGCCCAGCACCGUCAUCUCCAAGUCCACGGAGAAUUUGACGGGCACACGACCGAAAGUGCCGCCGCCCACGUUACCCAAACCGAAGCUCAAGAAGGCCGAUCUGGUGCGCAACGUGGCGCUCGAGACAUUCCAGGCCAGCGAUGUGGGCCAGGGUGACUUUGCGGUGUUCGAGCACGACGCCAGCACCAAUACCAUACACCAGGUAGCCAAAUUGCCAGUGCGCGUGACCAGCAAAGCCUCAACCCGGCCCCGGGAAAGUCCUCCCCCGCCGCCCGUCAACUAUGCCACGCUGCCCAAAUCACCUCUGGCACAGCCAACAGUUGUCGAGGAAUCGCUGUACAUGGAGGCGUUGCCGCCAGCCCAGCGGCGACCACAUGAUUUUGUGCAUGAGAAUUCGCCGGACAACAUACUGGUGACAGCGGAACAGCAUCGUGACUUCCUGCUGCGCGAGAAUGAGAUGCGAAAUCAACUGCGUGCGCCUUAUGAACCAGCUCCGCCGAUUCCCCUUGUGGGAAGCAGUGGGAAUAACAAUUUUGCGCAGCAGCAGCAACAACAACCGCCGCUGCUUUUGGGCCCAGCGUCGCCAGCUCAAAUCUUUCCCACGGCCCAAAUACUGCCCGUACAAUAUGCAAGCUUGCCGCAGCCGCAGCAACCGAAUAAACUGACACUGGGUGGGGCAGCGUCGACAACAACGCCAACACAACAAACACAGUCACAGCCCAUUUUCAACCUGGUGCUGCUGCCGGGCGAUCAGCGCCAAGUGGUUGGUGCUGCCAAUGUUGGCUCAACCGCUUCGGCGGCGAUGCUUUUAGGUAGUGCAGCUGGUGGUUCGCUUUAUCUGCAAGCGUCGCCGGCACAGUUUACGUUAUCACCUGCGGGGGAGAAUGUGACGUCAACAGCAACAGCAACAACUAAAGUGCCUAAAUCGGUAUCCGAUAAAAAACGCUUCUUUGAGUCCGCCAUGGAGGAUCAACACAAGCCCACACAAAAGACAGAGAAAGUUUUUUCAUUCCUGUCAAAGGAUGAAGUCGAAAAGUUGCGCCAGGAGGAGGAGAAGAAAAUUGCAACAUUGCGUCGUGAUAAGAAAUCCAGAUUAUUGGAUGCCGCCAAUGACAACAUUGACAAGGACGAUGCCAGGCAACAUGAUAACGCUGACAACAGCAACAGCAGCGAUAAUGAUGACGACGACGACGACGUCGACGAUGAUGAUGAUGAUGAGGACGCUAACGAUGACAAUGAUGAUGAGGAUAACGAGCUGACCGGUCGCAAGGAUGUCGUUGAUAAUGUUGUGCUGGCGCAGUUCGAUGAUGCGGAGGACAUUAGAACCGCACAAAGUCAAGCGCAGACAAUUCGCGCACCCAGCAAAAUACCCAAGCAACAGCAACAACAACAGAGGCAGAAACAACCUAUCAAGGCCACGCCCACACCCACGGCUGCAAAUGAUGCGCCCAAACCUUCACUGUUGCCCAAGCCAAAGGUCAAAGUUGUCAUGCCGCCCGCAUUGCAGCAGCGUCUUUGGCAGCAACAGCAGCAACAACAGCAGACGCAACCCGAUGAGCCAACCAUUCAGGAGGAGCAGGAUGUGGAGGUGGAGCAGCAGCAACAGCCUGCCACGCCCACGGGCAGUCGGAUACCCGUGCGCACACUGAAAGCCGAACGCCGUGCCCUGGCAGCAGCAGCUCGCCAAGCGGGCAUCACAGUCGAGGAGUACAUGCAGCAGCUGGAGCUGGAGCAGGAGCAAUCGGUGCCGCAAUCACCGACGACGCCCACGGGCAAGAGUCGUGCCCUGAUGAACGCCGAGAAGCGUGCCUCAUGGCGUGCGGCUCGUCUACGUUCCCUGGAACAGGGCGCUGUCGAGGCACAGGAUGUGAUUAAGAAUAUGCGCAAAAUGACCGAUGAUUUGAUCACACAUGAAUCAAGAGCCAGCGAGCCGAAAAUAGUCUUUCCAAAAAUUGCCAUAAAAUCAAGCGAUGGUCCGGUCAUCGUGCGCGAACGCGAGAAAAUACUCGACGAGAAAAUUGUGAGACGCACUGAGGAGGUGCCCUGCCCCAUAACGGGGCAACCUCAAUUGCGCACCGUCGAGUACAUUGAGAAAAUCAUCGAAACGGAGGUCGAGACCUGCAAAGAGCGCAUCAUUUCAUUGGAGCUGCAAGUGCCAGAGUCUGACGAUGGCUCUCUAGACGCUACGUUGCCGCCGCUGGAACUGCAGGCGGAUGAUGAUUUCGACGACGAUGACUAUGACGACGACGAGGAAGAUGAGGAGGAGGAGGAAGAGGACACCGCCUCAAUUGUUACAGUGCAGGCAACCAGUGACAAAUUGUUUUUGCGCCACGAUGCAGACGCCUAUGGGCCAUCGUCCAUUGAGAGCGUAUCGUCGGGCAAGGUUCGCAUUAAAGCAACGCCGCUAACGCUGCACCAGACCCUGGCCAAGGAGACUACCAUUGUGGAGGUGCUGAAUCCCAUCAUCGGUGGUGAUGGCAACGCUCGCACCAUUCAAGUGAGCGGCUCGCCCUUUGACCAGGACGAGCUGAUGGGUCAGGGUGCAACAGCGUUGCUGCAUAGCGAAACUUUUGUGCUGCCCACUGGCGGCGGCAAGUCGGAGCUGUCGUUAAAUGCUAAAAUGAAGAAUGUACUUGAGGAGCUGCUGGAGAACGAACGCGUCAAAUUGAAUUUGCAAAAGAGCCUCGAGGAGAACAGCGACGAGGAGAAGGACAACGACGAUGACGAGGAGGGUGAGGGUGAGAAUAUCUAUGUAGAUGCGCACGAUGAUGAUGAGAGCGCCUAUGGUGAUGCCAUGGAUGAUGUUGUUGACUUUGGCAUUACAGCGGCGCCGUCUGGUGGUGGAACUCGGGGUCAAGACGAUGCCAAGAACGGUAAUCAGCAGAUUCUUGAUGAGCUGAUAAGGGACAGCAAUCGCAACACCAUCAUCGGGAAAUUGGCCAGCCAAUUGGCCAUGAACGAGGAUGACGACGAUGACGAGGACGAUGAUGACGAGGAGGAUGACGAAAGCAGCGACUCCUCGGACGAUGAUAGCGAUGAUUCCGACGAGGAAGACAACGCGGAGGAGCAGCUAAAUGUCGCCUAUGUGCAGGGCGCACAAGUAAUCGAGAAUCUCAAUACAGGUGACGCAGGCAGCAAGCUGCAAAAGUCACAGACCUACACCACCAUAAAGCAGGCGGAGACGACAGAGCAGGUGGAGCCACAAGCCGCAUCUCCGUGUGGCUCGGCUGGCGACACACUCGCUCAACUGCAGGCCGAGCAGCGUGCGCUGGCCGAGAUCUCAAAACAGUUGCGCAAGUCCGUGGAGGAUUUGCUCAGCGCCGAUGGCGGCACAGUGGUGGAGACGCAACGCACAUACACACUGCCUGCGGCCAGCGAUAGUGCUGCUGUUGUCACGGUCACCGAGGUGGUGAAGAAGCAGAAGAAGUCAGGACGUCGGGCGAGAGCUGACGACGAGUCUGGCGAGGCUAUAUUCAAUCGUCUGCUCAAUGCUGGUGAGUCGCAGCGUCAGAUCUUUGACCAGCAACAGGGCGAAACCAUUACGACGACGACAAGAACCACAGAGGCAGUGCCAAGUGCGGCAGCAGCGGCGGCAGCUGGUGAACCGACAAGCACCAGUGUGGUGACCACCACACGUACUGUCUCCAACAUUGUCACCAGCGGUAUUCCCAGGCUUGAGGCGAGCAAACAAACCGCACGCAGCACAAGCAACACCAGCAGCAGCAACAACAACAGCAACAACGGCAACGGCAACCGCAGCAAAAACAAGCGUAAGGGCAAGAAGAAAUAAACGAGCGACGAUAGAACAACGAUAGAGAACGACAAAUUGCGCAUACGACACAUGGUCUGUAUGGAGUAUUAAGUAAACGCAUACAUUCCAGCAUGCAUACACAUUUAAGCGAUAUGUAUGUACAAUCGCGUACAUAUCUCACAAAACCCAUCAACAUCGUCAUCGCCACCCGCUUCCCUCACCCGCCACCAUUUCGUUCACCCUUUUGUCGCCGCUCAGACUUGGGCACAAUCAGAUCAUAUCAGCGCGCGAAGGAGCAUUGUAAAAUGUGCCGUUAGACAUAUAUAAAUAUAUAUAUAUAUAAUACAAAUUUAUGUGUGUACAUAUGUAUAUACAUAGAUAUCAAUAUGCAUAUGUAUAUAAAAAAUAAUUGUUUAAUUAAUUGUGCAAAUUAACUUGUCGUUGCAUUUAAAUCUCAUUUGUUACUAAUCAAAAUAAUGUGUGCAACAUGAGGAUGAACCGGAGGAUGCAAUUAUAAUAGAAAUAUAGCAAAAAAAAACAAUUUAAUUAAAGUCCCUGCAAGCCGCCACAUUAACAUUACCCACAAUUAAUGCAAGGAGAACGCGAACAAAAACACUCAACAAAAGUCUUAUUUAAUUUAUUUAAAUAAUUUCAUUUUGUUUUGUUUUGCAUUUACCCGUAACACAAACACACACACAUACACAUAAUUUGCAUUUAAUUUGUCAUUAAGCUUCGUUUUCGAUUUCCCCAAAAAGGCGAAUACAAAUUAAAUAUCGUAUUUUUGUUUUAGCACAAAAGUUAAGAAUGGCGUCCAGCCGAUGAAAGUAUUUACAUUUCGAUGGCCCCCUCCACACUAUCUUUAUAAUAUGAAUAUGAACUCCGAGCAUUCCGAUUGCCCACCUUUAAAACUGGGCCUAAGCUUAAGGUUUAGCUCUAAGCGUCGACACAACACACACACUGAAACAACACAAUGCAACACAAGAUAAAAGUUAUCAAUAGAGCGAUUGAUAAGUGUUGCAUUAGUCUACUUUAUAGAGUAGUGGCUGUAGUUGUAGUACAUAGUUAUUAUACGAUUAUACAAAGCACAAUUUAAAAGUUACGAGGUAGUCAGUUUCUAAAUCCAUAAAUUUAAACUGUAAAGAACCAAUACGAGCAAAAUGAUAUAAUACCUAUAUGAUAUAUGAUACUAUACAUUUAGUUUGUAAGCGAGUAAAAACCAUUUUUUAUAAACUGACAAAAACAUUGUUGCAAUGUAAUAAACAAUUCAAUUCAUUUUUUAUUUUUAAA